UGCUUCCGUCCAUUGUUCUAUCGAUUACCAAGUGGCAAUCGGCAUGAAGCUUCUCACUAUAUUUUUGCCUGCCCCGUCUGACCAUUGUUAUAUACGGGAUAAAGACUCUGUUUACGAUGUAACAUACGCCCGCUCCAAUGCCCUCCUCAUGUUUGCUCUACCAAAACUCCCUGUCCACCGUCAUCUUACUGGACAUUCCUCGUUCUAUCGAGGAGGCACAAGGUGACUCCUCUUUAAGGUUGAUUUCCUCUAAGCCUUUGGAGCGUCCUUAUCCAUCCAUUGAGCCGAAAUCAGAGAAAGCAAGGAAUAAUGUCGGGGAGACCUCUUUGGAUGAUAUGUUGCUUCAGAAAUAUCUGGAGUUUGCGCUGGACGAGGUGAGGCGUGAGUUGAAGGGAAACAAGAGCUGGUUAUUACCUCGCAUUACUGAAGAGGAUGUUGAUGUUCUCUCCUCUGAGAGAAAGAAGAAAUAUCCAAGACAAGACGCGUCUCCUAAUAGGAACGCAAGCCUUUCCCUAAGUGAAAAAGAAAAAGAGUCAGAUCAUGAAGCACUUCAUCUAGACGAUUCGCUCUCAAACACCAUCCACUAUCACAAUCGCCUCUCAGCAUUUCUACAUAUCACACUCGGCCCAUCUAAGGGCCGUGCAAGGAUCCCCCCUAAAUCCACCCUCUUACAAGGCGACAUCGCAUCAACCCUUGAUACCUUCACCACCACUGCACCGCUCUUCAACCUCGUGGUCCUGGACCCACCAUGGCCGAACCGGUCCGCACGACGGAAGAAAUCGUAUGGCAUAUCUUACGGGACGACGGAGAUCAAAGAUCUGUUGUCUGCCUUACCAAUCGAAGCUCACUUGACUGAAAAUGGGUUGGUGGCUGUGUGGGUGACGAACAAAGUCGCAUUCAGAGAUCUGUUACUGGGGGAAGGAGGGUUAUUUGAGCAAUGGGGCGUACAGCUCGUUGAGGAAUGGGUGUGGUUGAAGGUCACCUCGGACGGGGAACCGAUUUGUGCACUUGAUUCUACGUGGCGGAAACCUUAUGAGAUACUUCUGAUUGGGAGGAAACCUGGGAAAGAAAGGGAAGCGGAGAAGGGAGGAGAGGUGAAAAGGAGAGUUAUUCUAGCGGUUCCAGAUUUGCAUUCGCGAAAGCCGAACCUGAAAUCUAUUUUUGAGCAAGUGAUGGGGAGAGUGGAGGGAGACUAUGAGGCUCUGGAGGUCUUUGCGAGGAACCUCACGGCUGGAUGGUGGUGCUGGGGGAACGAGGUUCUGAAAUUCCAGAUGAGCGAGCAUUGGAAGGAAGUAGAGCAUUGAUAUCCCAUGUUUCAUAGCCCGCCAAACCACAAAGCAAAUAUUAUACACCUUUAAUAUACACACCGGCCGAUACCUAUCAUCGCUCAAGCUUGGGCAGUUGAACAUCACGCUCAACCUCGAUCUCCUCCCCCACAUUCUCCCAUUCGCUCCACUCACGUCUUGUAUUCCCAGUCUUCCACUUCUCUUUCCCCUGCAAUAAUAACCUGGCCUGUUCCGCAAUGCUCGCGCGUUCCUUC